AACCACUUGUGUGUCUGUCUCUUAAAUUUUCAGUUCAAGAACUGAGGCAGGAUUGAAACAGCAUUAAUACUAUUCCCUGAAGAUGGAGGGUGGUUGCCUGCAAUCAUCAGCUAUAACCACCAUACCGACUUCUUUAACCAAAUGUGGGUUCAUUGAGAAAUCUUGUAUACACGGUCAGCUCCUCAAGUUUCCUCAUUUCAAUAAGUUCCCGCAUUCAAGAAAGCUCAAAAUUCUUGAUAUCAAAGCUCAAGCUUCAGUUGCUGCGAAAUUUAGGUCUGGGGCAGUUGAGGCAGAUUCAAAGGAAGUGGAAACAAAAGAUGAGAAUCUUGCAUUUGUUGCUGGUGCUACUGGUAAAGUUGGCUCAAGAGCAGUGAGGGAGCUUCUCAAGCUUGGAUUUCGAGUUAGAGCUGGCGUCAGGAGUGCCCAGAAAGCAGAAGCUCUUGUGCAGAGUGUUAUGGCAAUGAAGCUUGAUGUUGAAGGAUCCCAGCCUGUGGAAAGGCUUGAUAUUGUGGAAUGUGAUUUGGAGAAACCAAAUCAGAUUGGACCGGCAUUAGGCAAUGCAUCUGUGCUUCUAUGCUGCAUUGGUGCCGGUGAGAAGGAGGUGUUUGAUGUUACAGGGCCUUAUCGGAUUGACUAUCUGGCUACUAAAAACCUCGUUGAUGCAGCAACUGCUACAAAGGUCAACCAUUUUAUUAUGGUUUCAUCAUUGGGAACGAACAAAGUCGGAUUUCCUGCUGCUAUUCUAAAUUUGUUUUGGGGUGUCCUAAUUUGGAAGAGGAAAGCAGAAGAAGCACUCAUAGCAAGUGGCGUUCCUUACACUAUAGUAAGACCUGGUGGAAUGGAGAGGCCUACUGAUGCUUACAAGGAAACUCAUAACAUCACUCUUUCAGAGGAAGAUACCCUAUUUGGUGGCCUGGUGUCGAAUCUUCAGGUUGCAGAACUUAUGGCAUUUAUGGCCAAUAACCGUAGGCUUUCAUAUUGUAAAGUGGUUGAAGUAAUUGCAGAGACAACUGCACCAUUGACUCCUAUGGAUGAGCUCCUCGCAAAAAUACCAUCUCAACGUGUUGAACCAAAGGAACCAGAAGCAGCAGAUGUGCCUAAGCCUGUGCCUCCUAAGGUUGUUGAACCCAAGGCUCCGAGCUCUCCUUCUCAAAAGGAACCUGCCCAGGCAAAAGCUAUGGUGACAAGGCCACUCUCUCCUUAUACCGCUUAUGAUGAUCUGAAACCACCUACUUCUCCCACUCCAAUUCAACCCAGUAGCAAGAAAGAAAGUGCCGGUCCAUUAGAAGCAGUAUCAAAGCCUGCUACUCAAGAUACUCCACCUAUGCCAGCACCUGGCGUAGCUGAAACAAAACCAGGUCCAGUAGAAACGAAGACAACCAGGCCUCUUUCUCCUUAUGCUGCAUAUGCUGAUCUCAAACCCCCCACAUCACCAUCUCCAACUGCACCAGUGGGAUCAGUCAUACCAACAUCCUCCACAAAUGCGGUGCCCGAGACAGGUAACCGUGCGCCUCCAAUGGCAGCAGCAAUUGACAAGCAACAUCAUACAGAGCCGAAGCAAAAGCCACUAUCACCCUAUCCCAUGUAUGAAGACCUAAAGCCUCCAGCAUCUCCAACGCCUUCACUGAAGCUAUAGAAUGUUAUAUUGCAGAGCUAAGCAUCAACAAUGACAUUUCAUUGGAGAAUUCCUGCAGCAUUUUUACUUGCAACCUAUGAAGAGGCUAGCAACAGAAAUGCGGAAUCCUUUUCUAUGAUUUCAUAAUAAAUGCUACUUGUAAUGUUUUUCUUAUUAACUGUAUCAUGAUUAUUCUCUUGACCAAUUUAACGUAAACCCAGCAAAAUCAAUCCGACAGUUUGACCUCUUUCUUAUGUAAUUUCAUGGACAGAACUUAGAAGCACCAUUCAUUCAUGAAAGGCCUCAAAAAGAUUUUGCUUGUGUUUAA